AAAAUUCAGUGACUGGCAUAAACGCAUACCAGCAUCAUGACUGCUUUAACUCCGCAACAGAAGGAAACUUACGACAAACAGGCUCUGGACAAUUUCCGGGAGUACCUUAGGAUACCGAGCGUCCAUCCAGACAUUAACUACGAUGACUGUGUGAAGUUUUUAGAGUCCCAAGCUAAAUCCUUAGGACUUCCAGUUAAAGUGAUUGAAGUAAAACCAAACAAACCUAUUGUUAUUAUUACUUGGGUUGGAACUGAACCCAAUCUUCCAUCCAUUUUACUAAACAGUCACACUGAUGUCGUGCCUGUUUUUGAGGAAGAGUGGAAGCACAAACCGUUUGGGGCUGAAAUUGUGGACGGAAAAAUCUACGCAAGAGGCACCCAAGACAUGAAAUCAGUUGGCAUACAGUACAUUGAGGCCAUCAGGAGAUUAAAGGAACAAGGCGUCAAAUUCCGUAGGACAGUUCACCUUUCGUUUGUGCCAGAUGAAGAAAUUGGUGGAAUCUUGGGCAUGAAGGAGUUCAUUACAACCCAAGCUUUCAAGAAUUUGAAUGUUGGUUUAUCAUUGGAUGAAGGCAUGACCAGUUCCAGCGAAGAAUACAUGGUGGCUUAUGCUGAACGAUGCAUUUGGCAGCUACAUAUUCACUGCCCAGGGCAGCCUGGCCACGGAUCUAUCUUACUGAAAAAUACUGCGGGAGAAAAAGUAAAUUACAUCAUGAACAAAUUUUACGAAUUUAGGAAGACUCAAGAAAAAAAACUGGAGGAAAAUCCUCAUUUGACCCUAGGUGAUGUGACUACAGUAAACGUGACACAACUAAAGGGUGGCGUCCAAUCAAAUGUGGUACCCCCAGAGUUAACUUUGGUUGUUGACUGUCGAAUUCCAACGACGGUCGACAUCAAAAGCUGGGAAGAAACCAUAAACAGGUGGUGUAAGGAAGCUGGAGAGGGAGUUUACAUUGAAUACGAGCAAAAACAACCUCAAGUACCUCCCACUCAAUUGGAGGGCAACAAAUUUUGGACGGCAUUCAAAGCCGCAACGGAUAAAUUAGGAUUGAAAUUGAAGCUUCAAGAAUUCCCUGGUGGCACCGACAGUCGUUAUUUGCGAGGACUGGGAAUUCCCGCCCUAGGAUUUUCACCCAUCAAUAAAACCCCAGUGCUUUUACACGACAACGACGAAUUCAUCAGGGUUGACACUUUCUUGAAAGGAAUUGAAGUUUACACUACUCUUAUUCCAGCUGUUGCUAAUGUUCAAUGAAUUACAUAAAUGCAUUUUUUCACAAGUACUGAUGCAAUACUAUAGGAUAUUCCAUCCAGACUUUACCAGGCUUAAUGAUUCAUAUGAAUAAUCUAUUUUAAUAUAUAUUAAAAAU